UAUGCCUGAUCCAUGCAGUAAUAAUCCAUGUGGAAAUGGCGGCGAGUGCAUAAGCAAUGGUGAAGGAGAGUACAUGUGUCGCUGUUUAAGAGGAUGGCAAGGGCUACACUGUGAUGAAGGAACCGGCUAUUGUAGUGCACAUGGAGACCCUCACUACACUACAUUUGAUGGUGUCAAAUACGACUACAUGGGGGAUUGUGAGUAUGUGCUCCUGAGUGACUGCAUCUCUGAGUCUGAAAAAUCCGAGUUCAUUGUUGUUCAGAAGAACCAGAAGUAUGUCCUCAAUCCUGCAGCAGCUACAACCAAAGAGUUGUAUGUGUAUGUAUUUGGACAAAGAAUUGACUUACUUGAGGGAAAAGAAGUUAGAGUGAAUGGUGUUCUUGAAAACACUCCUAUUACAUACAUUCCUGGUCUGUCCGUAUUAGCAAGUGGACCAUACAUU